GAGCCAUCCAGAUUUGCUUGAAUUGUCUGGUCGAGGAUGUUGUUUCAUGCUCUUGGCUUCACAGCCUUGCCCCAUCUCGGUGGAGUCCUUGGUUGGCUCAUUACCCGGAAGGAGGUGCCCACAUGGUAUGAAAGCCUGAAGAAACCUUCAUGGCGGCCACCUAAUAAAAUAUUCCCAGUUGCUUGGACUAUACUGUACACGAGCAUGGGCUAUGCUUCAUACCUGGUGUGGAGAGACCUUGGUGGCUUCAACCACAAAGCAGUUGUCCCACUGGGCCUUUAUGGAACUCAGCUUGUGCUGAACUGGGCCUGGACUCCUAUAUUCUUUGGAGCUCACAACCUAAAACUGGCGCUGCUGGAUAUUGUGGGUCUAUAUGGGUUAGUGCUGGGCACCAUGUAUUCCUGGUAUCCUGUUAACAAGAUCGCAACCAUGCUGAUGCUGCCUUACCUUGCCUGGCUGACCUUGGCUUCUUCUCUCACCUACUGCAUAUGGAGAGACAAUCCAGAAGAGGGAAAGAAGCAAGAAUGAGAGAAUUUGGCAAAAGGGAAGUCGUUUGGUGGAGCUGUUUGA